ACUAAAGUUCAUCUGCGCCCAUAACGGCGUAGUGUAUAUCAUACUACUUUCUAUGCUAUACACAUAGUAUUAUAAGGUAGUUAUAUACACUUACACCUGGUCAGCUUUGACUUAUUCCUUAAACUGUUGGUAUUGUGUGCAUUAGCACAUUAAAACCACGUGGAUGUCAAGGAAUAUCGGUGUCUUAUCGGUUCGUAUAAAUUAAUCACGCAGGGACGGUCCUUUGGAAUUUUUCUAUUGUGAUCCUUCGGCCGUGAAAACUGCUCGAUGACUGUUUUAUCCGGUAGCUAGGUGUUCCUAUACUUUUAAACUUGCAUAUACUUGCAUCUCGCGUAGGAGCCUGAUACUUGGCAACUCAGCUACGGGCAUAACAAUGACGCGCUUCGUUUAUGUUGCGGCUCUGUCGCUAACCAACUUGGCGUUCGCCCAGACAAUCCAGGAUGGCGUCGAGGCAACCUCAGAGACUAUCGCGCCAGCCGUCGAGACAGUGGAAGCUGAUGCCUCAUCAUCUGGCAUCGACUAUUUCCCCUUCGAAUCGAGCCAGCUUACGCCUGACGUUAUUGCUAAUUUGACAAAUUAUAAUCUUACUAAUGUCGACCUUUUCAAUUUUAGCGACACUGAAGCCGCGGUUCAAAAACGUGGCGGCCGCGUGUGUAAAACUUAUCCCGGAGACAGAAGUUGGCCGGUUCGCCCUAUAUGGGACCUCUUUAAUAUUCUAUUAGGAGGUGCUCUAGUUGAGGGAGUGCCAGCCGCAGCGCCAUGCUAUUCUGACUGGCCUCAGUAUGACGAGACUAAGUGUGCUUCGAUUACUUCUCAGUGGCAGACGCCUCAAUACCAACUAUCACAGCCUCUAGGAAUCCAAUACUAUGCCUUUGAAGGAGUGAGCUGCUUGCCGCCUAACCUUACAAGGACGGGUGCUAAAUGCACGCUAGGUGGCAUGCCGUCGUAUGUUGUUAAGGCGACCAAUGUCGCACAGAUCCAGCUUGCUGUCAAUUUCGCGCGGAACCUUAACCUGCGGCUGAUCGUCAAGAACAAAGGCCAUGACUUCAAGGCCAAGUCCACUGCCGCUGGAUCGCUUUCCGUCUGGACCAACGCCCUACAAGACAUCCAGUACUUGGGUUCCACUUACUCCCAUGGCUCAUCAGGUUACCAGGGGCCAGCUUUUAAGAUUGGUGCUGGCGUUCAGGCCCUUCCCCUUUAUCAAGCCGCAGACAAAUUAGGUCUUCAUAUUGUCGGUGGAAAUACUCGUACCGUCGGCAUCGGUGGUGGAUACAUUGCUGGUGGUGGCCAUUCCCCCUUGCUAUCCAUGUAUGGCAUGGCAGCUGACCAAGUAUUGUCCAUGGAAGUUGUACUACCUAAUGGCCGAUUUGUUUCUGUUGAUGAGCAAAAGUAUCCCGAUCUUUUCUUCGCCCUUCGUGGCGGAGGUGGCAGCACCUGGGGUAUCGUAACCUCGCUUGUUAUUCGGGCUUACCCGAAGAAGCCCGUCUCUACUCUCACUUAUAGCUUCGGUGUCAAUACUAACAAUACUAACGUAUCGACGGAGACUUUUUGGGAGGGAGUAAAUGCUGUUUUCGCCAAAUUUCCCGAAUUUGCCGAUAAGGGGAUGUACAACUAUUGGUCUAUCAGUUGCUUGUCUGACUGCUCCUUCUCCAUGGCUCCUCAAUGGGGAAAUGAUAUGAAUUCGACGACGCUUGAGACAUUGUCUACUCCAUUAUUUGACGAGCUCGCGGGUUUAGGAAUUACCGUUAGCGAUGCUGUCUAUAAAGAAUACGAUGGCGUGCUGGGUGGCAUCGAAGGUACCUGGUCGGCUGAAAGUGAACAGGGUGGUGUCUGGAAUUUUAAUACUGGGUCAAGACUAUUCCCCCGUUCUAACUGGGACGACCCUGCAAAGCUUGCUACACAAAACGCGGCGCUCCGGCAGAGUGUUGAAAAGGCUGGCUUAAUGCUCGGGUACAACAUGAAAGCAGCAGUCAACCCAUCAGUCAACCAGACCAACGCCGUAAACCCAGCAUGGCGCCAAACUGUCUUGCACGCGCUACUAGGUGCCACUUGGAGCCAGGAAGCCACUGCCCAGGAUAUCGCGGCCGCGAACAAGAACCUCGUCGAGAUGAUGCAACCAUGGCGAGAUGCAUCCCCCGAUGCUGGCGCAUAUCUCAACGAGGCGGACAUUAACGAACCAAACUGGCAGCAAGCCUUCUACGGUUCAAACUAUGCAUAUCUUUACCAGCUCAAGCAGAAGUACGAUCCUUGGGGCCUAUUGUGGGCACCUACAGCAGUUGGAUCCGAGGACUGGUACGUAACUGACCAGAUUGAGUAUUACCCAACACAGAACGGAAAACUGUGUCCAAAAUAGGACUCUGUGUUUCGUCCGCAUAUAAGAUUCGACUUGAAAUAAGUUAUAAAUCGAAUGGAUGUAUAAAAAGGCUUUACUAUACUAGAUAUUAUACCCAUAUAGCAUGGGAGCACUUACUUUCCCUACCCCUUAAUUAGAUAGCGUUAUUCUAGUUUGUACCUAGACAUGCCGCAAGACAUGCUUACCUUGUAUCUAUCCUCAAAGAGUUUCAUGUUUUAAUUUAG